UCAACACACGAUCUCAAAUCAAAUCCCUCAUCAAACAUACAUAACUUCGAAAUAUACAAAAGAAAAAUAAACUUGAGCCAGCAACUGUCACUAUAAAAUACAGGAUAAACAAAUUUAUCUCCCUUCAUGUGUUGGAACUCUCCAAUAAGCGAUUGAGGCGCUUCAUUUAAAUUCAAAACUGAGCAACAAGAAAAGUGUUUGAGACGGUUUGAGUGAAAGGAGUCAAAAUGAGUUUAAUGGAUGAAUUAGUAUCAGCAGGGGUUGACUCAAAUGAGUUUUUGGGCAAUCCUCUGAAGUAUGACGAUUUUGUUGCAACAAAUAAUUUGGAUGAUUCCUCUUUGUCACAUUCAGUUUGUGAGGACUUUACAGUGGACUUCACUGACAUGAAAGAUAUUUACCCUGGCAGUAGAUGUAAAAAUUUAUAUGGUAAUGUUGAUACAACUAACAAUAAUAAUUCUUUGUUUGAAAACUGUACCAUGAAUUUGGAGCAAGAACUUGAGCAAGCAGUGACUUUAACUGGUUCCUCAAUGGCAACUACUUCAAACUUGGUUACUAGUAUUAAAGACCAUGAUGGAGAUAAUAUUGGUAAUGAUGUUACCAAUAAUAGUAAUGACCAUGGAGAUAAUGAAAUUGACAACAAUCAUAACAGUGAUUAUGGGGAUGAUGGCUCCAAAUUCUUAUGUGGAAAUUUAGUUGAUGAAUAUGAUGUUACUGCAGAGACAGACAAAGAUAUCUCGAGUGUUGUAAAUAACUUCAGUCUUGAAAGAAACAUGGAAAAAGAAUGUACUUUGAUAAAGGAUGAAAUUAAUGAUGGAAACAGUUUGGGAAGUCAUCUUAUUGAUACAGAAAAGACAAGACUUUCUACUGAAAUUGCUGUUGAUGUUGAUAUGACAGAGAGCCCCACUAAAAUUACCAAUGAUGUGGAUAUGAUAAAGACUAGGUCCCCUACCAAAAUUGACCUUGAUGUGGAUAGGAUAAAGACUGAAUCCUCUACAGAAAUUGACAUUGAUGUGGAUAUGAUAAAGACCAGGUCCCCUACUGAAAUUGACCUUGAUAUGGAUAGAAUAAAGACUGAAUCCUCUACAGAAAUUGACAUUGAUGUCGAUAUGAUAGAGACUGAAUCCCCUGUCAAAAAUUCUAACACUAUAAAUAGUUUUGCUGCUGAAGAAACUCUCAAUGCUAGUAUAAAGACAGAGCCAGCUUACAAAGUUACCGUUGACUGUAACAAUGCAAACAGUGUGACAAUGUCAUCUAUAAAGAGCGAGACUGACCAUACAAAUAAAAGUGUAGUUGUACAAUCAGCACAGGAUUCACAGUUAGAGGCCUGUGAAUCAUUUGAAGAUUUAUAUCUGCAAGAAAAGUUUUUAAAGAAAGAAAGAGAAGUGGAUUCUUUAAGAAAGCAGUUAGAUGAUAAACAAAAAGGGAUUCAUCAUGCUGUGAAUUUUGGUAAGCAACUUCUUGAAGAAAAUGAGGAACUCAAAGAAAAAGUGCACAAACUUGAGCAGAAAAUGAUUACAAUUGAUGAGGAACUGAAAAAUGAGAUACAUUCUACAAAAUUGAAGUUAGAAUCCAAAGAGUACAUGGAAAAGCAAUACAAUGAAGAAAUUUCUCUGCUCCAAAAUGAAAUAACUCAAUUUAAAACAGAGGUGGAUUCAUACCAGAAACAAGAAGCUACUUUGAAAAGAGAAUUGAGAAACAAAGAUGACUUACUUGAACAGUCAAAUUUAAAGGAAGAACAAUUAACUGCAGCAAUUAAAAAUUUAGAAAAACUACUACUUGAGAAAGCUGAAGAAGUUUCACAUUAUCCAUCUCAAAGUUUAUGUGAUGAUAAUCAACAGCAAGUUGUACUGGAGAAAGAGGUGUUAGAACUUCAAACUGAAUGUACAAAUUUGAAAAUUAAAAUUACCAGCAGUCAUGCUAACACAAAUCGAGUGGAGGAGGAGUUGUUGAGGGUUAAAAGAAGACUUGAUGAAAAACAGCUAGAAUAUGAAGAAGUAAGAAGUGAAAUGAACUCCUAUCAAAAAACUCUUGAGGUAUCUCAAAGAGAAAUCCUUGACUUAAAGGCUCAGUUGUAUGCUGCUCAGGUUGAGAACAUGAAUCGGCAAGACAGAGGCAAUUCUCUUUUCUCUGAGGUGGAAGAUCGCCGAAUUUCUGUUGAAAAAACAUUAAUGGCUCUACAAGAAAAUUACCAAGUCUUGAAAGAGAAACAUAAUUUGGAAAAGCAACAAAAUUAUAAACUCAAAAUGCAAAAUAUGUCGUAUCAAAUGGACUCCAGCAAAGAAAAUGAAACUGGACUGGAGUAUCUCGAUUACAAGUUAUCACAAUCACAGUAUGAGAUUAAACAGUUGCAAGAAAAAAUUAAACACAUGGAAAAGCAUGAGUCACAACAGAUUGACCAACUGACAGAUAUUCAAAAGACAUUUGGAACCAAUGAAAAUCAAGGCUUAAUCGACUUUUUGAAGCUUUUAAAUGAUAAAAAACAGAAUGACUUACAGGUUACUCAAGAAAAACUAAACAAUCUACAAAUGCAGUAUUUCCAAGAAUCAGAUAAAGUCGUUGACUAUAUCAAGAAAUUACGCCUGGCUGAAGAGCAGAUAAAGGCUUUACGUUACAGAAACAUGAAGUUGAAGUUACAAACUGAUGAACUUAUCUCAAAAUAUAAACCAGAUGAAAUUGGUAAUGUUAGAAAUGACCGGAAAACUAGAACUGAAAAGAUCCCAUUAAGUUCUUCAGAGAAUUUUCCUGAAAAAUUGAAAUCUCAAAAAGAACCUAGCAAACCGGAACAAAAGCUCCCUGCUCAAAACCACUCGAUGACCCACCGAAGAAAAUUAGAGCUUGCUCGUUAUGGUCUUAUCAAUCCACUUGAUGUACUUGAUGGGUCUCCAAAAGCAAAGAAAACAGUCAGCAUGUCUCAUGAUGUAGAAAUAAUUGACCAGAAUGUAAAUAAGGAACAGAAACUUGCCUCAACACCCUCAGCUGUUUCCCAACAAACAAAGAGGAAAUCUAAAGGCAAACUUAUUCCUCGCAAAAUUAUUGAAGUAAAAGCUCCACCUGAUACUAAUGGAGUGGAAUGUGCACAGCAAUAGAAUAAUGUAAUAUAUAAUGAAACAUUUCUUUGAAGAAAUUGUAUAUUAAAAACUAUAUUCACGAUUUUAAUUUUUGGUUUGCCAAUAAUAAAAAGUUACACUGUGUCAAAACGGAGCAUAACCAUUUUGUCUGAUAAAAAGAUGUUGCCAAUCACUUCGAAUUGUUGAUAACUAUUAUUGAUUUGGUAUCAUUAUGAAGUUGCACAAGUGCUUUUUGUAAAUUAAAUGUAGGUUUAUAAAAUCGAUUUUACAUAAUAAAUUUAAAUUACCAGGAA